AUGCCACAUCUUGAUCCUUCCUUUCGGAACUGUUGGCCUGGUCUUCUGCUUUUUGGAUGGCUGGCAGUGGCAAAACGGAGCAACACUGCAGGCUUCUUGAGCUGGGUGUCCGCGCUGCUCCCGCUGACCCUGCCAUUGCUGAGAUGGAGGUUAACUUGCAGCCUGACCCAGCAAGGCUGUGUGUUGGAGCACCAUGAGACAGAGCCGCAGAAGACUGCGGCAAACUUGAUGGGUCUGAGGCAUUUUGAGGACUUACUGGAGGAAAUGCUGCAAGUUGCAGGCCAGGUGGCGGCUGGGCGUCUUGCAGCAAGCAGCCGAAGCUGGGCCCAAGGACUGCAGGCCCACCUUCACCGAGAACGGCAGAGGCUGUCCAAGCUGCAACUGCGCAUCUUCUACAUCGGGGGUCGCGAGCUGGUGGAAGCCCAUUCCGCCCAGGAUCACGUGCAGCAGAUGAAUGUCGACAGCAAGUCAUGGCAGGAAGUCGCGCAGCUUCCGGGUGCACGUUGGGCUGCUACCGCGGCCGUUCUACGAGGAGAGAUUCUAGUCAUGGGUGGCUAUGCAGAUGGCCAAGACCUGGACUUGGUAGACAGUUUCGAUCCAAAGCGCGCAGCUUGGAGAAGGCAGUCGCAACUGAAGCUCACAUGUCCCCGAUCUAUGUUUGCUGCGGCUGUGCUCGACGGGCGGGUGUACAUAGUUGGCGGGACGAGUUCUGGGCGUGAGCUUGACCUGUGUGAGCGUUGCGAUGGAGAAGCCUGGGAGCCUGCAACCAGUCUUCCGUUUCCUCGCUUCGGGUGCAGUGCUGUGGCUGCAGGAGGUUUGCUGUACACUGUCGGCGGCUUCUCAGGCGGCAUGGCGCUACGAUGCUGUCAGCGGCUCGACCUUUCGAGCUCAUGGAUCACGCUGCCAUCACCGAAGGUUGCCCGCUGGAGCGCUGCUGCGGCGACCCUGCGGGGGAAAAUUUAUGUCUGUGGAGGCUAUAAUGGAGGCACUCCACUCAGUCUUGUGGAGCGGUUCAGCCCAGAUGCGGACAAAUGGGAGGUGCUUCCCAGCUUGACGACUCCACGCAAACACCUGGCGGCUGUCCGUGCAGGGGACUCUGUGUAUGUGCUCGGAGGGUUUGAUGGCACUACAUCUACCUCUGCCGUGGAGUCAUUGGGUGUAAGUGGUACCUGGGAAGAUAUGCCACCGCUUCCACGUGGGAGCGAGUGGGGUGUCGCUGCUGCUAUGUUCUUGUGA